AUGGCCACAGAGAACCACUCCAUCAUCCUCAUCAUUGGCGGUGGCUGGCAUACGCCAGAGCACUACGAUAAGCUCAAGGCGGCACUCGAAGCAACAGGCAAUGAAGUCCAUUGCCCCGCGCACCUGUCCAUGAACCAGGCACGGCCGCCGACCGCUGGCUUGGCGGAGGACACGGCGAAGCGCAACGCAAGGGGCCAAUCGGGCGGCGUCUCCGACUUGGUUUACCUCUGCGCCUUUGCCCUUCCCGAGAAUGGUUCCAUGGCUGGCAAGGUGACGGAUAUGGGUCAUGAAGCCCUCAUGCCUAUUGCCUUUGACUUUGCCGACGACAAGACAGUGCUCUGUCGCGACCCCAAGGCACAGCUCAUUGGAGAGAUCGCCGGCGAUAGGGAGGCGGAGGUCGAGCCUUACCUCGCCUCGCUAGUCCGAUGGAACGGACAGUUACCAUUCGACUAUCAAAAGUCUAUGGUCGCGUUGCUAGAGGAGAACAGUCGCAAGGUCAAGACCUUUGAGCUGGCAACGGGUCGAUGUCCUAACUUGACUGCGACCGUCGUCAACGUUAUUAAUCAAGUGGUGCGUAGGGCUAUUUAA